AUGAAGAGUCGCUCAGAUGAGGAGGACUACUGGAACACCAACAAGUUUCAAGCUUUCACCUUCGACGAUGAAGACGACGAGCUGAAGGAAUCCAAAGCGGCCGUGUCCAGCCUGCCGCAGCUGGCGGCCGACGACGACGACGAUGACAUGGAGAAAGUCAGCUGGAGCGGCGAGCCCAUCGGAAGCAUCUCAUGGUCCGUACGGGAAACGGCGACGUCCCGCGUCGGGGCCUCGCGCGUCCCCGCCGAGCCCGCCAGGGUCAACUCGAGCUAUUCGCUGGGGUCCCUCUUCAAAGCCGGACGGAGAAACUCCAAUGUGGCCACGUUCGUCGAAGGGUCCAGCGAGUCGUCGGGCAGAACGCCGGCUCCGGAAAUCAGGCGCACCAAAAGUGAAAAGCUGGAUUUCGGCGGCGAUCGCUCCCCUCGCGAGGUCGUCGACAGGAUGCGGCAAGGGAAGGCCGUGUCUCUGGAGCCUUUCCGUUGCUUACGAGCGAAAAUGGAUCUUCUGGAUUCGGCCGUCGACGCUCACGACGGCAACGUCGUCACAGCGGUUUUAAUUUUUCUGAAGAAAAGCUUGAGUCGAGAGGUUCUGUUCGGGGAGCUGGCGUCGCGUCGGACGGCGCUGAUGCAUUUUGUCAACUACUUGAGCGAAAGCGGGCAACGCCAACUGUUGCUGGAACUCUACAGGGCUCUGGGACGUCAGGAAGACGCGGCGCUGCUUCAGUACAAAGAGCACCUCGGCAUCGCCGGUGAAAAGGAGAGGCGGGACUUUCUCAACGGCUGCCUCAGUCUGCAGUUUUCUCCGGAAGACCGGGCCCAGGUCCAGGAUCAGGUCUCCCUGCUGGAGCGACAGAUGCUCAUUGAGGCGGAGGACCGGGAGGCCGAACGAGGCGGGAAGGCGGAGAUCUUCCACAAGUUUCCCCGGAAAGCUUCCGUCCUCCACAUGCCGCUGGUCACCACCCUCUACUACUGCUGCUUCUACCACUACGACCGACCCGAGGGGAGCUUCAGCGCGCCGGCGGAUAUCCGGCGGAGCUUCAAGAUUUCGGACAAGCAGUUCUUGAAAACGACGCUGAGCGCCCGGGCCAAGCGCAAAUCGUGGAGCGACGUGGACGCGCUCUUCACCAGCCGCAGCUGGCUGGGCUUCACCCGCAAGAAGUCGCCGCUGUCUUUCCGAAAGGUGGUGGACAUCCUGCACAGAAACUCGGCCCCCGCGAACGUUCUGCAGGAUUACGUGAGCCUGGUGGAGGACGCCGACGCUAGGAUGGCGCUGGCCCACAAGCACAAGUGUCACGAGCUCGUCAUCAACACGUACCGAGACCUUAAAGAGCGACGGCUGUUGCUGGCGUACCGAGCCAAGGUGGAGGCGGGGUCGGCGGAGGAGAGGAAGAUCGACGAGCUGCUCAACAACACGCAAAUCCGAUGGAAGAAUUGA